AAAACCACAUGGACCACGUAGCGCGCGACAUAGCUCAACCCGACCUUUGCUUGUUCGCCCCCUACCUGCCAUCCAAAUAACUCUUGGAUACAUUUACCAAUUUGCGAAAUAAUCAUGAGCGGGAUUGAGCCAGCACUGGACGAGGCUGCACUUGCAAAUUUCCUGAGAGCCGCUCACACAGCUAUUUCAGCUGGCGAUCCGGCACAUGCAUUGCGGCUUGUGCUCACGGUACUUCAAGCAGUUGGCGGGCAGGCAGCAGCCGCUCCAGCCCUGAACAGGGUGCUGAGUCAGCUGACGUCGGAGAGCCCUGCCGCGGGCGGCGCCCGCAACGCGCUGGCAGAGCUCACAGACAUGCUGGCCCGGGCCAGCCUCAAUGCGCCAGCGGGUCAGGGCCAGCCGCCGCAGGCGGGGCCUUGGCACGCCGCAGGCACAGCUGGCGCCCAGCACGCAGGGGCGGCGGUGGCGCACAGUGACGACAGCAUGAGCACGAGCGGCGGCGCGGGCGCUGUGGCGGCGGCGGCGGCGGCGGGGCCGGGAGUGGCAGGCGGGGGCCCAAGUUGGGGCAGGGGCGUGGAGGAAGCAACAAGUGCUUGGUCGGGAGGCGGCGGGGAGCUAGGACGGCAGCCGCACGCGCCCAUCUUGUCGGAGACGGGCCGGGAGGGCUUCAUGAGCUGCGCCCUGGCUGACGGCAGCAGCUACGUGUGCGGCGGCUGCGGCGGCGUGGUGGUGGCCAGCCGGCGGCGGCAGCACGAGCAGUUCUGGUGCUCGGCGGGGUCAUCAGGGGCGGGAGCGGGGGCCGGGGCGGGGGCCGGGGCUGGCAUGGAUGAGGAGCUAGGGUCGGACUGAGGAAUGGAGGGAGGGAGGGCUUGUGGGAUGCUGGGGCGAGUGAGCGAGAGGGCGUGAGGCGAAGUGGUGCGGGCAGCAUGGACCAGCGCCUGGCAAAGCUGCUGGCACACACAGAGAGGGAGAGAGAGAGGGGGAGGGGCGAGCGUGUUUGUGUUUGCAGGGAGAGAGUGGUGCGGGAGCGAAGAAGAAGGAGGGGAGUUACAUUCACAUGGAGAUGGGAGGUGUGCUACGCGCUGCAGUGGGGGUCUUCAGGGAAGCGGUUGGCCGCGGCUAGCAGCGAGCUGCCGCAAGGCAUGAUGGAGGGGGCCGCAUGGGAGGAAGCCGCGGCACGGCACGCAAUAGACACCGGCGUGGGGUUUGGUGCCAGCAGCUGCCUGCAGCCGCAGACUCUGCAGCAGCAGCGGCGUCUCCGCCUGACGCGGCUGGACUGCAUGAGUGGGUGCACGCCGUGGGUGCACGCCGUGUUUGGCCACAGCGCCACUGCAGCGGCAGUUCUUGGGUGGCGGGCGGCGCGUCAAGGCGCAGGAAGGUCGCCACCCUCCUCCGCGCCGCCACUGCCAUUUCUGCUGCUACUGCCAUCGCCACUGUUGCAGCCGUUGCUGGCACCCAUAGCUGUAGCAUGCAUGGCGGCCAGGCAGCUCUGGAAGAAAUCCUGGAAGGUGGCGGCGGCGGCCUCGGCGGCAGUCUCCACGCUGACACCGCGCGCCUCUGCCACCGCUUCCAGAAUGUACACGAGGCCGCUGUCGAUGCCUGCAGUUGACAGCGCGAGAGGAGUUGUGAGAAGAACUGAGAGAAGCUGUGCGAGUGUUGUUUUGGAGUCCCGAGUACUCCGUAUGUGCAUGUUGGUAGAUUGGUUGUUUUCUCCGGAGCGCGUAACGUGUGUUACCGAGAUUGUCAGGGCUGCGGCCAAAGCUGUUCAAUGUUGUUGUGGUUUGGGUUCUCAGCAUGAUGCUGUGCAUAUGACUAGAUGUUGCUUGGCUCAGAAUUCCAUACGGCCGCUACGGAAUCCGCCGCACAGGCGGGUAUGCGCGGGUGGCCAGGGAUGCAGAGAGGAUCAACUAGUGCGGACAGGUAGGAGCGCACGGGCAGCCUGGGGCAGCGGGCGCAUAUGGUGGCAUCGGGACUGCGCUUCUUGCAUUCGCCCCAGACGUCGGGCGCAUGCAAUAUUGCAAUGUAAACAACUGUCAAC